UAUUGUCCGUAAACUUCCUCCGUUCAUUUUCGGAUUUUGUUAAUUGAUGGCCACCCAGAAAGCCUUUCUUUACGAGCUAUGACUAAGAAGUGUUGUGUGUGUGGUGAUAUUAAAGACACGACUGAAAAUGUCCUCUAUACGUGUCAAGGCCACGGCUGUGACGUUAUAGUACAUCAAGCGUGCUAUGGGAUUGUGACUCCGCCCACUGGUCUCUGGUUCUGUAGGAAGUGUGAGAGUCAAGAGCGGGCUGCUAGAGUGCGCUGUGAGCUGUGUCCUAAGAAGGAGGGGGCGCUCAAGCGUACAGACUCUGGUGGAUGGGCUCACGUGGUGUGUGCCCUCUAUAUCCCCGAGGCCACUUUUGGAGACAACGAGAGAAUGGAACCAAUCAUCACUUCUAAACUACCAAAGGAAAGGUUUUCAAAGUCGUGUUACGUGUGUGAGGAGGCUGGGAUGGAGACUCAGGCAGUACACGGGGCAUGUAUGUCCUGUCAUAAGUCCAGCUGCAGGCUAGCCUUCCAUGUCACAUGUGCUCAGAGGGAGGAGCUAUUGUGUGAAGAGCAGGACUCUCGUGAUACUCGCUCCAUCCUCUACUGUGGCUACUGCUCACCACACUUCAAGAAAAUGGCCAGGCAGAAGUACAAGCAGACUCUUCGCAAGCCCAUGGUGACCACACCCACAAUGACCACGCCCCCUUAUCCCCUGUCUGACCUUUCACCUACGUGUGGUUCUGCCCCCCUCCUUGUCGCCCCACACCCGUACGCCCUCACAGGACUCACACCACACGAGGGUGUGGAUACAGGCAGGAUCAAGAAGGAGAAGCUCCCCAUGAGUGACCAUACUGGGCCCCUUCAUAAGAGACCUCCCAUUGACCUCUCCCACCUAACACCCGCUAAACGCAAAAGAAGGCGCAAAGUCUCCUCCUCCAAUGAGAGCACUACUUCUGAAGCACUGUCGUACGUCAGUGACCCCCAGGUUCUGUCUAGAGAUGCUGUGUCAGCAAGUCCACGGUUGCCAGAGGAACCAGUGAAAGCCGUGGGUGUUAGCGAGAGAACGGCCUACUCUCCAGUCACUUGUGCUCAGGUGAACUUAUCUGGUAGUGUGGAAAAUGUGGUGAGACUAACAUCGUCCUCCACCAGCUCUGAGCAAAGCCUCGCAUCAAGAUCGGCUGGUGCGGCCCCACCUCGCAGUCUACAAGAGCUGCUGGAGAGACAAUGGGAGCAAACUGCUCAGUUCAUUCUAGACAAAGUGGGCAAACAAAACAACGUUGGCUCCAUGCUGGCACACUUACACACCCUACAAUCUGAAAACCGUCAAAUGCAGUCCAAGAUCAUGGAGCUGGCAUCACAGAGAGAGUUCUACAUUGCCAUCAAUACCAAACUACGCCAGACCUUAGUCGAGCAAGACACCACGAAUCGAUUACCCAAUGGGAUUAGAGACGAACCUCGCAUUGGAUCACCAGAAAUGCCGGUAGCCAGUCCAAGACACCGUGCUGCCAGUAAACGAAAUGGAAAUGCGAAAAAUCGAAGCACGCGUACCGAGCCUCCUGACGUACACACCCAUCCACACGGUAAUGAGAUGAUUAUACCAAAUACACUAUCAAAGGAAGUACAAGAUUCGCUUCUCAAGGCUCAUUUUCAACCUCCAACCAGCAGCCUAUUCACAGAGUUUGGUGGGCAAGAUCCAUAUCAUAGAGGUCACCCAAAGCCAGUGUAUAAUCAUGCUUCAAUUGAAGGAAACGAUCGUAAAAUUACAAUCCCUUCGUCCAAGGGUUCUUCGAGGCGGAGCUAUGUACCUAAAAGCCCUGUUGUUGCGAGCGAACAAGUUGAGGGAAUUCAUGAAAUCACUCGCGUUACAAACAGUGUACAAGCUCCUAUCUCAGCGUUCGCCCCGCUGCCCAGUCACAAUGCAGUACAGGACGGCGGUGGUGUGGGUGGUAGGGGGAUGGACAAUGUUAGGUAGACGCUGAUAUAGUGUGUGUGUGUGUAGUGUUAGUCCAUGCUGUGAGCUGUGAUGAUGUCAGUGUCAUGAUUUGUGUUGUGCUAUGAGAAAGAGUAAUUAAUGUCGUUAUAAAUAA